GCACGGUGCCGCUGGCGCUGAUCGGCGGCGCGGGCUGCGGCAAGGCGACGCUCGUGGCGCGCGCCGUCACCCUCGCGCACUCCUGCCAGCCCGACCUCGCUGUUGUCGUCAGGUACUACAUAUACACGUCACAGCUACACAACAGGCGACAGCACGGUGCCGCUGGCGCUGAUCGGCGGCGCGGGCUGCGGCAAGGCGACGCUCGUGGCGCGCGCCGUCACCCUCGCGCACUCCUGCCAGCCCGACCUCGCUGUUGUCGUCAGGUACUACAUAUACACGUCACAGCUACACAACAGGCGACAGCACGGUGCCGCUGGCGCUGAUCGGCGGCGCGGGCUGCGGCAAGGCGACGCUCGUGGCGCGCGCCGUCACCCUCGCGCACUCCUGCCAGCCCGACCUCGCUGUUGUCGUCAGGUUCGUGGGUCUGACGCCGCAGUCGAGCAGUUCCCACAUGCUGCUCAAGUCCAUCGUGGAUCAGUGUCACGUGCUCAUGACUGGGACCGUCUACAGAGGACGAAAUGACGUAUACUCCCUGUCGAGCGCACUGGUGGGGCUGCUGGCGGGGCUGGGGCGCGGGCGCGGCGCGCUGCUGUGCGUGGUGGGCGCCGACGCGCUGCGGGCCGCGCGCUGGCUGCCCGAGCGACUGCCCACCAACGUCAAGAUGAUCGUCACUGUCACUGAGGGUGAGUGCUGUAGCUGCAGGACGUGUACUGUCGGCUCGCUGGUGGGGCUGCUGGCGGGCUGGGGCGCGGCGCGCGCGCUGCUGUGCGUGGUGGGCGCCGACGCGCUGCGGGCCGCGCGCUGGCUGCCCGAGCGACUGCCCACCAACGUCAAGAUGAUCGUCACUGUCACUGAGGGUGAGUGCUGUAGCUGCAGGACGUGUACUGUCGGCUCGCUGGUGGGGCUGCUGGCGGGGCUGGGGCGCGGGCGCGGCGCGCUGCUGUGCGUGGUGGGCGCCGACGCGCUGCGGGCCGCGCGCUGGCUGCCCGAGCGACUGCCCACCAACGUCAAGAUGAUCGUCACUGUCACUGAGGGUGAGUGCUGUAGCUGCAGGACGUGUACUGUCGGCUCGCUGGUGGGGCUGCUGGCGGGGCUGGGGCGCGGGCGCGGCGCGCUGCUGUGCGUGGUGGGCGCCGACGCGCUGCGGCCGCGCUGCCCCGAGCGACUGCCCACCAACGUCAAGAUGAUCGUCACUGUCACUGAGGGUGAGUGCUGUAGCUGCAGGACGUGUACUGUCGGCUCGCUGGUGGGGCUGCUGGCGGGGCUGGGGCGCGGGCGCGGCGCGCUGCUGUGCGUGGUGGGCGCCGACGCGCUGCGGGCCGCGCGCUGGCUGCCCGAGCGACUGCCCACCAACGUCAAGAUGAUCGUCACUGUCACUGAGGGUGAGUGCUGUAGCUGCAGGACGUGUACUGUCGGCUCGCUGCUGCAGGACGUGUACUGUCGGCUCGCUGGUGGGGCUGCUGGCGGGGCUGGGGCGCGGCGCGGCGCGCUGCUGUGCGUGGUGGGCGCCGACGCGCUGCGGGCCGCGCGCUGGCUGCCCGAGCGACUGCCCACCAACGUCAAGAUGAUCGUCACUGUCACUGAGGGUGAGUGCUGUAGCUGCAGGACGUGUACUGUCGGCUCGCUGGUGGGGCUGCUGGCGGGGCUGGGGCGCGGGCGCGGCGCGCUGCUGUGCGUGGUGGGCGCCGACGCGCUGCGGGCCGCGCGCUGGCUGCCCGAGCGACUGCCCACCAACGUCAAGAUGAUCGUCACUGUCACUGAGGGUGAGUGCUGUAGCUGCAGGACGUGUACUGUCGGCUCGCUGGUGGGGCUGCUGGCGGGGCUGGGGCGCGGGCGCGGCGCGCUGUGCGUGGUGGGCGCCGACGCUGCGGGCCGCGCGCUGGCUCUGCAGGACGUGUACUGUCGGCUCGCUGGUGGGGCUGCUGGCGGGGCUGGGGCGCGGCGCGGCGCGCUGCUGUGCGUGGUGGGCGCCGACGCGCUGCGGGCCGCGCGCUGGCUGCCCGAGCGACUGCCCACCAACGUCAAGAUGAUCGUCACUGUCACUGAGGGUGAGUGCUGUAGCUGCAGGACGUGUACUGUCGGCUCGCUGGUGGGGCUGCUGGCGGGGCUGGGGCGCGGGCGCGGCGCGCUGCUGUGCGUGGUGGGCGCCGACGCGCUGCGGGCCGCGCGCUGGCUGCCCGAGCGACUGCCCACCAACGUCAAGAUGAUCGUCACUGUCACUGAGGGUGAGUGCUGUAGCUGCAGGACGUGUACUGUCGGCUCGCUGGUGGGGCUGCUGGCGGGGCUGGGGCGCGGGCGCGGCGCGCUGCUGUGCGUGGUGGGCGCCGACGCGCUGCGGGCCGCGCGCUGGCUGCCCGAGCGACUGCCCACCAACGUCAAGAUGAUCGUCACUGUCACUGAGGAAAAAGACGAGCCCUCAAGCUCAGCAAUAAUGGCGGUUCUAUCAUCGGAGGACGGGCCCAAAGUGGUUCGGGCGCCACCGGUGGGCCCCGACGAGGCUAAGGCAGUCCUCACUGCUUGUGCAGCUACGUAUAGCAAGACUGGCGCCGCGUCACCACCUGAGGCCGCUGUGAAGGCUGUGCAAAAAUGCACUUUGCCGCUUUAUGCUAAGAUCCUAGCCUGGCAAAUAUCUUUAUCAGCGGAAACCUUCACGGAACUCUCAGAACCGGAGACAACUCCUGAACUGGUCAUCUGCGAAGACUUAGAAGACCAGCUGGCUCAGAUCCUCAUCACGACGGAAGCGGCUUUGGGUGCUGAGCGUGUGAAGACCUGUCUGUCGCUGCUGACGGCUUCGAGAAGGGGCUUGGAUGAUACGGAGAUUCUGGAUAUUUUGGCACAUGAUGAGCUGUUCAGGAGUGAGGAGACUUAUUUACCAUGGGCCCCCGCCUCCCUCGUCUGGCCGCAGCUAGCAGCCCUGCUCUCCCCCUGGCUGCGCUGGGACGCGCGCGGCGCGGCGCGGUGGCGCGACGCGGCGCUGGCGAGCGCGGCGUCCGAUCGGUAUCUGGCUGACUGCGAUACUCAAGUCAGGCAGACGCUUAUUGAUUAUUAUGAGGGUAAAUGGUACGCAGAAAAUGAUCCUAAGAUGGCUGGCCGUCUGAUAUCGCAAGAAAAUAAGUUUUCUGAUGAAUACUACAACACAAGAAAACUAGACGAGCUUCCGUUCCAACACUACCACAUUUACAAAAACGACCCAAAGACCUUCGCCAACCAGCUGUACUUCACCCAACUGGACUGGGUUCACGACAAGCUAGCUGCUACCGACUGCUGUCAUUUCCUCGAAGACAUAGCUCUUGUCCACAUAGACCCUUUACCAGAACACAUUGAGAUCCUCAAAGAUGUCUUCGAAACUCAUUCUUACGCGUUAGAUUAUGACCAUCGACAGUUCUAUGGGCUAUUAAGAAUGACUAUGGAGAAGAGACAACGCAAUGGAUGUCAGGUUAAGAGUAAAAUUGUUCAGGAUUGGAUGAAGGAGAUCAGAGAUCCUCCUGUGCCGACAUUGUAUCCAGAGAAUCCGGAUUUCUAUAAGAUAAUGGAGUUUAAAGAAAAGAGAGAGUUCUCAAUGAAUGAGGGUUUUGACUCGAAGAUGUUUGAUUUGAUUGUGAGGUUCGAUAGUAGAGGGAAGUUUGUGGCCACAGUUUCUACUGAGAGGGAAGAGAUUUGCGUUUGGGAUGUAUUGAAAUGUAAACUAGUCAGGAAGAUGGUGGGUGUGACACAUCCUAUAAACUUGGUGCCAAUCGACGAGUACAAGUGCGUGGUGUUAUGUCGCAGGGAACUUAGAGUAUAUAACUUGGAUCAGGGUACAUUCUUGGUAGCACUGAAGGGUGUGAUGAACCAAAAGAUGCCGUACUACGGGCUGCACGAUCCGAAGCAUUUGGUCGCUUUAUCUCGAAACAGGAUGUAUGUCAACCUCAUGAAUAUUGAGACUGGUGACUGUGUAACCACAUUCAAGGCUGGAGAGGACAGGUUCCUCAACUCUCUACUGGUUUCGGGUGAUGGAAGAGUGUUAGUAUGUGGCGAUGAGACUCAGAAGCCGUUCCCUCUGCUGGUGUGGUCGCUGACGUCACGGAAGCUGCUGUACGACUUGAGGAUACCGCAUCAUGACUUCGUUACUUCUAAAGCGGCUAUCACUUAUGAAGGUUCCUACGUCUGCGUAGUAUCCAGAGAGUUAGACGAGCCGAGUCCGAACUUCAUAGUGGUGUACGACCUACAGUCAGGCACGCUGUUCAAGAAGUGGAAGCCAGGCUGCGACACCGUGGCGCUGGCCAUCAGCUCUGUCGACGGCUGCGUGGUCUCCGGCCUCGCUGAUACUAGGAUAUUGGUCUGGGAUCUUGUUACAGGAAACUGCCGCCUAACUCUUCGCGGUCACGUGGCGGCGCCGUCGCUGCUGCGGCUGGCGAAGUCGGGCGGAGUGCUGAUGUCCACUGAUGACACCUGCAAAGACCUUUCCGUCAGGCUCUGGGACUUGCAUACUGGAAAACUCAUAGCAGUAUACACACCUCCAGAAAGAAUAACCUCCUGCGAAGUACUCCUAGGAGGCUCAGUCCUAGCACUGGCUCUAGAGAACUACAAAGAAGUUCUAUGCGUCAAACUACACGGACCAGCCGUAGAGUCCGUGCAAAAUGGCAAGGACUCAGAAUUUGACGACAGAGAUUACGGAGACGAGACUCUAGAAGGAAGAACCUUCGAGAUUAAGGGUCUAGAAAACUCAUAGCAGGUCUAGAAAUGGUGAAGAAGGAUUUGAUUGUCAGCCACAGUUGUUUUUUUUUUUGUAUCUUUGAUUUUUUGGGGUGGCCGAUGCAAAAUGGCGAUGGUUUUUGAAAAAGAGAUUGUGGUCUUGUUUUAACAAAGGUCAGGCUUAUGUUCUAGGUGAAUUAGUUCUUUGGAAUAUCUUGCAGAUAUGUAGGUACGUAUAUGAACUAGCUUCGUUUCCCUGAGAUAUAUUUGCAAUUUCAUAAAGUGUGAGUUAUAAUGGAACAAACUACGAAGGUUAGUUUGACUGUGUUUCAAUAUGAUGCAUUGUUAUUAAUUAUUAAGUGGAGGAGAGACGGAUAGCGAAGUCUUAGUAAUAGGAUCCCGUUUUACCCUUCGGGUGCGGUAUCCUAAAGGCCGUAGAACUUGAGAAAAACCAUCGUUAAUUUUGCGUUGGGCACGUAAAUUCACAUCGCACAAUAGUAAAUUCAAUAAUAGACUAAUUGGAAUUAUAUCAAAUCUAUAAAAAGCAUAUAAAUAACUGAAAUCUCAUAUAUUAUGUAAACCAUGAUCAAUUUUAUCUGACAAUUAUUUGUCUUUAUUUGAAAGAAGAAAAAAAUAAGAGACUUCAAAAAUAUUUUUGGGUCACAAUAAAAAAAGCAAGCAAUCACAGUGGCUUAGUAUCGCCGAGGUGACGAAAAAAAAGAAAUUAAUAAAAAAAACAUUAAUGUUUUGAUCUAUUACGCUUAUUAAUAAUUACAUUAUUAAAUUAAAUAAAUUGUAUUUAGUGAAUUCUUUAUCGGUAAUGUUGAUGUUUAGAUGUAAUUUUGUGAAAAUAGUUUAAGGUUAUUCGUAAGUCUAUUUCAUUUUUCGACUACAUUUUAUUCGUACCCUAUAUUUUGUCUGUAGCUUUUAUUCUGUAUUUUUAUCCUCUUGGAAAAGGCCAAUUAAUUAAUAAAGGAGGUCGUUUAAGAUAUUGCAUUAAAUAUUUAAAUAAAAUGUUACUGGCGGUUCUACUGAGUGCAGUAGCAGAGAAUCUUUAAGGAUUUGGGCCACAAACAUACGAAAUUUACUUUCAGAAGAAAGUAAGAGUGCAGCGCACUUUUGCCCGCCCUAGCGGAUAUAAUAUUCUCUGUGUGCGUAAGUAGACUCACGCGGCGGGCGUUUCACAUUAUCGAUAUCUUGAUGCAAUUUCAUCGAAAUCUCAAAACUAUCUUUAAUACUAAAAAUUGCAAAUCCCCCCGCAUUCAAAACUGAUUGUCGUCGUCUGAUUGAGGCCCAAUCUAAACGGUGUGAUAUUUAUUAAAAAGGACUUUUGGCGCCAAUAGCCGCCAUUUAAUUUUGUCAGCUGUCACCAUUAAAAGUUUGAUUCCAACAAACAUUUACAAACAAAUACCCAAUUCGAAAUUAAAAUUAAAAAAUAAUAAUAAAUGUAGCUUACCCUUAGCAUUUUAUAAAAUUAUCAAAAACCUUUUUAAAACUAUUAAUGUUUAUUUUUCGACUUCCACUAAAAUUGUAAAUGGCCCCAUUUUAUUUCUACUGCCAUUUUAUACUUCUUAAAUAAUAAGCAAAUAGCAAAAUAAAUAUAGGAUAAUCAUUCAUGUUUGAUUAAUAAUAAGGGAUGCACACAAUAGUUACCUAAUGCACAAUGUUUAUUUUUCUUUCUGCGUGGUAUAACAUCGAGAUUAAAACUUGGCUCUAUGCAAUAGUUACAUUGAAAUUAUUUCGCGGCUAAACUGGAGCCGAAUACACAAACCUACUAUGGAUAUUGGAAUCGGGAAUAAUACAUCUAUGUAAUUGAAAUUAACAGUACCUAAACAAAAAAAUGCUUAAUUUGUAAAAUGCCAAAUAUAAGUUUAAUCGUCGAUGUUAAAUCAUGAUGCAGUCAAUUUGUCAUUUAGCCGUGCAUUUUGGGACGAGAACAAACAUAUUUACAUUAUUUUAUCGUUUGAGCUUCGAAAAUAACCAACUUGACUGGCCGACCAUUUUUGGCGCCCAACGUGGGACACCAGUUUCACAACUUGAAAAACACAGUAAAAUCUGUUUGUUUUUAUAUUAGGUAUUUUAAAGUUAUGUCAAAAAUGACCAAAAUUUCCUACAAAGACAAAUAUAAUAAAGCACAAAGGAAACAAAUGCUCAGAAUGCACGCACGCCUUUUACAAUAUCUGAUAUCAGUUGUUCGACGUUUUGGCUGGACUAAAGCGCGUUUAUGUUGGAACUAGUUAUUUUGUCGGUGGCUGUAAAAACUAUAUACGACCAAAGCAAUCUAUACUAUAAUCUAGUUAUAAUUCUAGCCGUGAGAUAAGUAUUCACUGUUUUUUUAUGUUACACUUCAUAGAACCACACCUUAACCGAAUAUCUGUCGUUUAGCUUCGUUCUCUGUGGUUUAUUUUAAAAAAUAAUUAAAUACUACAUAAAAAUACCUUAAUUAAUAAUUAAUAUUUGCCUUAAAAAACGUACGUACAUUAAAAGGUUGUUAUUACUGAUAAUAUUAAAAUAAAGCCAAAUGUUUAAUGUUUUAAACCUUUCUAUAGUCAAACAUAAUUUUCCAAAAUGGUCUAUGGAAUAUUCAGAUUUGUUUUUAAAGAAUGAACGAUGACUACUUAUCUCAUUCUAAGAGAACUUUCGCGCACACUACAAACUUUGAGUCGGCCGAUAGUUGGUUUGGUCUCAUAAAUCUGUAUGAAGAUGAAUGCAAGUACACACGUAACAACGAUCAGGGGCCCGAUUCUCCUAAGUUAAUAAUGUGAAAUCGAAUCGCAAUAUGAUCGCAAUAGCAGUUUUAACCAUAUCGGGCAUUCUGCUACUAAUUUAUGACCAAUCGUAUUCCAACGACAUUCGUUUGGUUUGCGAUUGGUCUGCUAUUUUGGUGAUUUUAGUCUAUACGGUAGUUUGCUCUACAAUCAUAUUGCAGUCGUAAAGCAUUUGCAGAUAAAAUGAUUCAUUAUUAAAUUACAGAAAAGGAUAAAAACGUUUCUUUCAAAGAAAAAAUUGCGCAACACGCAUAAAAUCAAAAAUCAAAAUCAAAAUCAAAAUCAAAAGUCAUUUAUUCAAAGUAGGCUGAAAAUCAGCACUUUUCGAACGUCAAUACAAAAGACAGCCCCCAAAACGCCCGCCCUUCACCACUUCCUAUGUGUUUUUGCUGGGAAGAAGAAGUGGUGGAACAAACUCCCCAGCAACACAAUUCUGUCUGUAUGGUUUGAAGAACCGU